CCUCACUCACACACACACAUCCUGACUCAGGCUUGGUCUCGGAGUCACAGUUGUCUGCUCUGAGUGAGGCCGUGGUUCCUGACACUGACAUGGAGCUGCACUUUGCACGAAAACCCCUUCCCCAGAGCCACCUGGGUGAUGAGAAGCAACAGAUGCUGAACCUGAACGGACGCCUGGAGACCUACCUGAGUCGGGUCAAACACCUGGAGGAGGAAAAUCUGAUGCUUGCAGAGGAGAUUGGAGCUCUGAGACGCAGCAACCACGGAGCUUCCACUCGCAGGAAGGGCUUAGAGGAGGAGCUGCGUCAGGCAAGACUGGAGCUGGAUGCAGCCUGGGCGGACAGGGCCCACACGGAGAUGGAGGUCGGCAGGCUGGCCGAGGAGUUUCAAGUCCUGGACCUGCAGAGGCAGAGGGAGGCUCAAGCUCACGUCAAGGCCAAGAAGAUGCUGGAGCAAAGCAGGAAGGAGCUGGACGAGGAACAGAGGGCACAGAUGUGGCUGAGACAGCAGGUCAGCCAGCUGGAGCAAGAGAUGAGUCACCUCAUUCAAACCCAUCAGGAGGAUGUGGCCCACAUGGAGUCUACAUUGAUCCAUUCCAGAGCCACGAUACCCCCCAUGGCUCAAAGGGGCAACCAGACACCAAACCUCCUCCAGCUGGGGCAGGAGUUCUCCCAGAGGGCUGCCAGAGCCUGGCAGGAGGCCGCAGAGUCCCACCAGGUCCAGUUGGCUCAGCUGGAGGAGUCACUCAACCAGGCCAGGGGCCGUUUGACCCAAGUGGUCCAGGAGAAGGGCGAGAGCCAACUGAGGCUCCAAGCCCUGGAGAAGGAGAUCGACUCAGCUCAGGACGUCAGGCUGCAUCUGGAGAAGACAGCAGCUCAGCAGAGAGACAAACACAACCAGGAGAUCCAGCAGCUGCAGGCGCACUUGGAGGGCCUGGAAGCUGAGAGGGAGGAUCUGGGCCGACAGAUUGAGCGUCUCCUCCUGGAGAACCGAGGCCUGCUGCAGAUGAAGAUGUCUCUGGGUCUCGAGGUGUCAACGUACAG